CUCGGCUGCUCUUUUUCAGGUGGUUUCAGAAUCAGUUCAAAUUCAUGGGAGGCUGCAAAUGAAGAAAUGAUUCACAACCAAGUUUGAAACUCAAGUGAAUGAAUGGAAGUUCAACGGGUGAUCGAGAAUCUCAGCGCUUACCUCAAACGGACUAUCGAUUUUCCAACUACAUUCGUCUCCUUGGGAUGGGAUGCAUUCUGCCCUUGUACUUCUGCUCCUCAAACCUCCAAUUACUCGGAAACUCUUCGAAUCAGCUGUAUUCUCCUGCAUUAAGAUGAUCGAGAACACGAGCUUCUCAUUUACCGAAUUUUCAGAAACGAUGAAUUUGAAAAGAAUUAGAUGGGAUGGCUCACAUUAGCUGAUGAUUCUCUGUACCCCCUGGCUAAUGCCUGCAGCUUGACCAAUCCUUUCAAGGCGCGCAACGCCCUCUUCGCCUGCAGCAGUUGAGUUGACGAAAUAACUUCCAAAGAAACAAAGUGUGAGGCGGAGCAGCAACGGGUACAACAUCCAAAGCGAGAGGUUCAUCAUAACUUUCAGCACAUUCACUCACUCCCAAUCCCCAAUCCCCACCAUCCAUGGCCGCCGCCGCCGCCGCCUCCACCGUCUUCCUCCUCCCGCCCUCCUCUCGCCGCCGCCGCAGCAAUUCCGUCCGCCUCCUCCGCCCCACCAUAAAGGCCUUCUCCGCCCCAACCCUCACCCAAGACGACCUCAAACGCCUCGCCGCUGACAAAGCCGUCGACUACGUCAAAUCCGGCAUGGUCCUCGGCCUCGGCACCGGCUCCACCGCCGCCUUCGUCGUCGACAAGCUCGGCGCGCUACUCAAAUCCGGCUCCCUCACCGACAUCGUCGGCGUCCCCACCUCCAAGCGCACGCAGGAGCAGGCCGCCGCCCUCGGCAUCCCCCUCGCAACCCUAGAUACGCAUCCGCACCUCGACCUCGCCAUCGACGGCGCCGACGAGGUCGAUCCGGCUCUGGACCUCGUCAAGGGGCGCGGCGGCGCUCUCCUCCGCGAGAAGAUGGUGGAGGCGGCGUCCGACGCCUUCGUGGUGGUCGUCGACGAUUCCAAAUUGGUUUCGGGACUCGGAGGGUCGGGACUCGCUAUGCCUGUGGAGGUGGUCCAGUUCUGCUGGAACUACAAUUUAGUGAGGCUCCAGGACCUCUUCAAGGAAGAAGGCUGCGAGGCCAAGUUGAGGCUGGACGGCAGUGGCAAACCCUAUGUGACUGAUAAUUCGAACUACAUUGUGGAUCUGUACUUCGCGACGCCGAUCAGAGACUCGGCGGCGGCGGGGAAGGAGAUCGCGGCGCUGGAAGGGGUGGUGGAGCACGGAUUGUUUCUGGACAUGGCGACUGCAGUCAUCAUUGCUGGCAAGGAUGGGGUGAGUGUCAAGAACAAGUGAGUAUUUUAUUUUUACUACUAAUUUUCUUUCUGGAUUUUUGAAAUUGGUUUGUGUUGUAUUUUGCACUGCUGAUUUGGGUACAGAAAAUGGAUCAAUAAUUUCUUGAUCGUCACUAAAAAUGGUUGGUUUGGAUCAAGAUUUUGGGUUUACAGUUGGAUGAUGAAUGUGUGUGUUUAUACACACCACAUUGGUUUUUUUGGAUUUGUUUGCUAUAAUGGAAAAAUGAAGAGAGUAAAAAUUCAAGAA